AUGAACCAAGUUGAUAAGAAACAAGAAGGAAAUCACACCUCAACUGACCCCACUUCCAAUUUCAUUACUGACCAAGAACUGGAAAAUGUGACCCAAACAACACUGGUUGAAAGAGCAUACCAGCUGCAGUCAUUGGCGUGUCCUCCUCUAGAAAAAAUCCGAGACUUCCAGCAUAACAAAACAUUACUGGACCUCAUUUUGGCACAACCACCAACACCUAACCAAACAAGCAGUGAAUAUGCCAACCCACAAGAUUCAACGUUUUCAUUCAGAAGUACAAUUAAUUCAAGAGCCGAGCAACAGCUUCUUGAUAAAUUUGACCGAGAAGUCAUGACAAAUCAAGUUGCUUUAGCAUCACUUUCAAAAUUGAAAAUUGAAACUAGGGAUAAAUACUUGUACCAAAUGAAGCGAUAUAUUAGAUUCUGUGCUAAUAAAGGCUUGGACAACUUCAAUGUGACAUUGUCCUUAGUGCAAGAAUUGAUUGAAUUUGAAGUUUUGAAACGAGGAAGUUUGACUGAAAAUACCAUUCGAAGUAUUCGUUCCCCCUUAAAUAAAUUAAGCUUUAUGAAUAAAAUUGUUUAUGGUGAUCAACAACCAAAUGAAAUUCUAGGCGAUCUAUUUAUGCAGAACAUGAUGUCAAUGUUACAACAAGACAAGUCAAGCAAGGAUGAUGAUGGAGAGGAGAAAGAAGAGGAAGAUGAUGAAGGGGAAGAUGCAGUGUCCAAGAUUAGUAACAGAAGUGGGCUAAUUGUGUUGACUGAUCAAACACCAUUAUCAAGCGCGGAUUCAAAGACUCUUUCAUUAACAACAAUGACAAGUUCGGUGGGGGCAGAAACUUUGGGAUCUUUACAGAAGGGGAGUAAUUACCCCCAGACUGCAUCCAAUUUAGGCAAACCUGAGACAAAUAAGGAUUCCUCUUUAUUAUUAUUAUCAAGUACAUUAAACAACCCAACUACAAACACCAACGCAUUCAGAUUAAGUGGAAACUCAAAGCAUCGACUUUCAGAAAAUGAAGAAAUACUAUUACGCAAGUUUGAUAAAGAAAUUCUCGAUAAUGUGAAAACCAAAGACAUUUUAUCCAAUUUGACAGGAAAAACAUUUAAAGCAUAUGCCACAGAUAUCAAACGAUUUAUUAAAUAUUGUGCUCGAAAGGGUAAACUGGAUUUCCUAAUUAAUGAUGACAUCUUAACAAGGUUUUUGUCUUUCCAAACUAGUAAAAGUGGUAAUCGGAGGUAUAAUUUGAAAAAUACAAGAACUAGUUUAUUAAAAUUGCAUCAAUUGAACUGCUUGGCUUAUGAUUUGGAAUAUUCUGAAGGUGAUAUUGUCCUCACGUUGAAUAAAUUUUUGAAUGCUAAUAAUAGUAAUACCACCACCAAUGAGUUGGCAACAGAGCAAGUUGUGUUGGAACAAGAUUUAAAAGACGACGGUGAUCCUUUGGUUACUAAACUACAACCAUAUUAUCAAACAUCAAACAUCCUCCAUGGCCUCUCUGAUCAAAGCAAGAAAUUAUACGCCAGUGAAUUCAAUCGUUAUGCAUUAUUUUGUUCACAACAAGGAAUGCAGCAUUUCCAAUUAACAGGGGAUCUCAUUAAGGAAUAUUUCAUUAGUGACGUGAUUGCUCAUACACCAACUAUAUCGACAAAGAAGUUGAAAGAGAUUUUAAGUCGAUUGAAUCGAUUACAUACGUUGAACAUUGAAAUUGAUCCCGAACAUACCCCAAAACAAAUUGAAAAUAUUCAAGUGGUUAAAGAUUUCCUCAGUGAUUAUACUUCGAAAUCGCAUUCUGAUUCACAACAAGCACAGGCCAGUAGUGGUGGUAAUGGUGGGAAUGGUGGGAAUGGUACAAGCAGCUCCAGUACUAGCAGAGGUGGCAAUGGAAAUGGAGCUGAUACACUUUCUGGUGCAUCAACAUCAGGUUCAUCCAUCAGUUCAGGCUUGCCUCAAUUACACUUUUCCAAUAAUCUAACAGCAACACUUACUGGCCUGCUGCUGCUGUCAUCAGAGCAGCCAAGUAGUGGAGAGUUGCCAAGUUUAGUAAUGAGAAAACCGUCAACACAAAUUGUUCCCAAGUCGAGGUUACGGUCAUCUUUCCAGUCCUAUAGCUCUAGACAAGAAUUCAUUGGCACUACAAGUGAAGGGAGUUCAAGUGGUAAUGGGAAAGAAAAAACUAAGAAUCUCAGUAUCGAAGAAGUAGCUUCCCGACGGUUGGAAUUAGAUGAAGAGCAUGACAACUUGGGCAAGUUGGGAAACUUGUAUGAAAAUAUUGAUAGUUAUGAGAAUGUCCUUGAUAAUGAUGCAAUUGAAAAACGUGGCAAUACUCAAAGUAGCUACCGUAAUGUCAAACAAGAUGAGGUAAAUAUCCAUGUUAAUAGAGACGUUUCUGAAUCAUCAUCAUCAUCAUCGUCGUCGUCGUCAUCGUCAUCGUCAUCGUCAAAACGUCAAAAAACCAUAGCAUUGCCCGAGACCAAUGACUCCAUUCCCAAAUUCGUCAUGAAUAAAGAUAUAGAAUCUGUAACUCAAUUGGUUGAAGAAUGGACCUUGAUUAUAAAGCGUAAUGCCAAAUAUGGUUUAGCGUGGAUUAAAACCAUGAAUGAUUUACAAUAUUACAAUAAUCGCAAAUUGAUCAUUUCAUUAAUGGAGGAAAUUGUACCAACAAUGAAUGAAGGUGAUAAAGAAGAAGGUAAAAACUCGGAUAAAGAGUUGUUGCUUGGGGAUAGUGCAGGAAGAGAGAGUGAAUCGAACUUGUUUGAACUUGCACUCCUAUUUGACCAAUAUCUUAAACGUAAGAAUUUAACCAUUGAUGAUUUGAUAAAGAGGAUUGAAAAGUAUCCCAGUUACGUCAAGCGAGAAUUUUUAAGAAUCUUAUCGAGGAGGAAAUCGACUAGUGGUGUUUCCAGUUCUACUCCUAUCGGUAGUCUUUCAUCAACCGGUUCAUCAUUGGUGUCUAGAGGUAAAGACCAACCAUUGUAA